GCUCUCGGCGGUCCACGGUCGUCGCAGAGAAUCUUCUCCACGGACUAUAAAAACCCCUCGUCACCGCUUUCGCCGCCUCUCGAAAUCUCCCGUUGUUUUACGCAACUGUUCCGCCCUUGGCUCAUUCGUCUCCAUUCCAUUCGUUCAUUGGCUCAUUCAGGUCAUCUUGCUCAGUCUCAUAACCGUCAAUUCUCCAGCUACUGAAGUUCUAACGCAUUGAACUGUGGAGAUGGCUGAGGAAGGUCACAAGGUUUCCUUGAAUGUGUAUGACUUAAGCCAAGGGUUGGCUCGUCAGCUUUCCACAACAUUUUUGGGAAAAGCUAUUGAGGGUAUAUGGCACACAGGUGUAGUUGUUUAUGGUUACGAGUAUUAUUUUGGGGGAGGCAUACAAAACUCUCCUGCUGGAACAACACCAUAUGGAACCCCAGUCAAAGUAGUGGAUCUUGGUGUCACGCAUGUGCCCAAGGACGUUUUUGAAAUGUACUUGCAGGAGAUUAGCCCCCGGUAUACAGCAGAAACUUACAGUUUGCUAACUCACAACUGCAACAAUUUCAGUAGUGAGGUGGUUCAAUUUUUGGUCGGUGAAAAAAUUCCAGACUAUAUCCUGAACCUGCCCAAUGAAGUGAUGAGCAGCCCAAUGGGUGCUCUGAUACUGCCUAUGAUUCAACAACUGGAAACAACUUUGAGGUCGGGCGCCGUACCCCAAGCUCCACAGUUCCGGCCAACUACACCGGCCCAGACAACAAGUAUUGUUAAAAAAUCCUUGCCUAACGGACGGGGCUCACCCACAGCGGCAGUAAAUCUCAAAGAGGGUGAAGAUAAAGUGAAGUCUGUAGAACAAUCCGUCAAGGUUGGGGAGGCGCCCCCGGCUGUUGAACCUACUGGAGCAACGGUGAAGUCAUCUGCUAAUGUCGCCGUUGAUGGUGACCCGCUUGGGGAUGCUCGGAGCAAGGUACAAGAAGAGAUCAGCGCGGAAUUUGCUGCACUCAUGGCAAGUGGAACCAUGCGUGCGAGCGAGGCUGCAGCCCUUGCAACCCGGAAAGUGAUGCAGAGAUAUGGGCAUGCAAAUGUUGCACUGGGCUAGCCUUGGAGAGUUGACAAAAGGGAUUUUAUUUCUUCAUCGUAUUGUUUGUGGGUUUAACGUAAAUAAGGCCCACUAGAAAUUUCUUAUGGUUCUUAUAUGAAGGGCACCGCUGCAUUGAGUGCUUGAAAACUUUCUAAUGUUUAUUUUCUCCGUUACUCUCACCCAUGGACAUACCCACCUAAGUUGUGUCAAUUUUACAUAACUAUUCUUUUA